UGGAGAGGGAGCCGAGGAGGAGGAGGCGGAUCCGGUUCGAGAUCGCGGCGGGAUCCUCGCCGGGCUUUCGCUCGCCGCCAUGGCCGCUGAGGAGAAGGACCCGCUCGGCUACUUUGCCGCCUACGGCGGCAGCAGCAACUCCGGCUCGUCGUCGUCGUCGUCUUCGGAGGACGACAGUGAGCCGGAGGAGGCGGGCCGAGAGGCCCGGGAGCCCGCCGAGCCGGCCGCCGGGGGCGGCGCGGCCGAGGGGAUGCGGCUGCCCAAGCCGGACGAGCUGUUCCGGAGCGUGUCCCGUCCGGCUUUCCUCUACAACCCGCUGAACAAGCAGAUCGACUGGGAGCGGCACGUCCGGAAGGCGCCCGAGGAGCCUCCCCGGGAAUUCAGAGUGUGGAAGACCAGCUCGGUCCCGCCGCCCGAGACCUACGGCGUCAGGGAGAAGAAGCCCCCGCCCCCUCCCGAGCUGGACAUGGCCAUAAAGUGGUCCAACAUCUACGAGGACAAUGGGGACGAUGCGCCCCAGAAUGCGAACAAAGUGAAGUUACUGCCAGAGGGGGAAGAGACCUUGGAAUCGGAUGAUGAAAAAGAUGAACCUACUUCAAAAAAACGUAAAGUGGAAACUGAGCAAGGAAAGAAGAAAAAGUAGGAAGGAGUGCAUACUGUGAACAUUGGAGUGAGAAACGUGCUGUUCCAAAUCCGGACAGUGUUGGGAGUUUCCAGAUUUCCAUAAAGCAUCUUCCCUUUUGGAAAGCACACAAAUUAGUCCAACAGUAGAAACUUUCCACUGAGGGAUUAAAGUUUCAUUAAAAACUCAUCAUUGUUGCAAAUAUUGUAACUUUGUGAUCGUGGAAAUUAUCAUUCUUGGUGGAAACACUCGGGCCCUCACAAAACUAGUGACUUGCUCUGAGAAUUUUAUUAUUUGUUGACCUGCCAUUGUUUUUUGGAACCUUUUAUAACAGAAUGUAUUUUAAAAGUAGUUAUGUUGUAUAUGUACUGUGAACUGAUGAGGUGCUUUUCCAAAAUGUUUGUACAGUGUAAAUAGAUCAUGGAAAUAAAAUUAAUUAUUCAAUAUUA